AUGUCAGCAGCAGAAGCUCAGCAUGUGGCGUCUUUAACUGUGAAGACCUUGCAAGACAUGAGGUCUGAUCAAUCGUGGUCCAGCUUCUAUGCUCUCGUUACUGCACUGCAGGGAAAGCUGGAUGUUGAUGAGCCUGUACUUCCCCGUCGACGGAAGGUGCCCCGAAGGUUUGAGGAUGGCCAAGCUGCAGGUACACAUCCUGAGCGUGCUGAAGAUCUAUAUCGUGUGGCGUACUUUGAGGCUCUGGAUCUUGCUGUGUCCAGUAUUCAGGAGAGGUUUGAUCAGCCGGGGUAUGCAAUGUACCGCAACCUCGAAGAGCUACUGCUUCAAGCUCUACGUGAUGACGACCACACAGCAGCAAUGCAGCAAGUGACAGGUCUCUACCACGAGCUGGAUGCAGGUGCUCUUACAGUUCAGCUCAAGGCCCUGGCAAGUCACUUUGCAAGCAUCUCAUCGGAAGGUACAAGCCUGAAGGACUGCAUCCAUUACUUACGCAGUUUGUCGGCAGAUGCUCGGAAGUUCUACAGUGAAGUUGUCUGUGUUGUCCAGCUACUACUCGUUAUGCCUGCUACAAAUGCAGUGAGUGAGCGUUCCUUCUCAACAAUGCGUCGCAUCAAGACGUACUUGAGGAGUACUAUGCGGCAAGAUCGAUUGAACUACACCAUGGUGAUGUCGAUCUACAAGGAGCUAGUAGACCAGCUGGAUCUUGUUGCUGUUUCCAAUGAGUUUGUCAGCAAGAAUGAGCACCGCAGCAGAUUCUUUGGAAAGUUCUGA